UUUUACGGUAUUCCCCUGCAAAAGUUUUAUUCACAAAAAAAAAAAAAAAGGAAAGCUCAGUCAUCACUUUCUCACUUUCUGGCUCCGAAAAGAAAAACGAAAACCCUAACUUUCUCUCGAGUAAAUCCCCUUUCUCUCUUGCUGAAUCUGGCUGUCGUCUUUUCAAUUUGUGGUUUUUCCCGUGAGUUUCUAGGUUUCAAUGGUGUGAAAUCGAGGCCUUAGACUCAGUUUUUAAAGGAUCUGUUUCUGUAUAUUUAGGUACAUAAAAUAAUUUUGUUCAUCGAGAGAAAUAGCUAUGGCGGCAUCUGAUAAAGAGCUGGAGCUACUGUUAAUGGAGGCUGGGAACAGGCUCGUUGAACCUCCCUCGUCAGUUGAUGAGCUCAUACCUCUCCUUGACCAAGUUGAGAGUUUUCUUUCAAGGGUGGAACAAUCACCAAGCCAAUCAAUGCAAAAUGCUCUCUCCCCAUCACUCAAAGCAUUGGUUGCAGAGCAGCUUUUCAAAAAUCAUGAUGAUGAUGUCAAAGUUGCAGUUGCUGCUUGCAUCAGCGAGAUAACAAGGAUAACCGCUCCAGAUGCUCCAUACGAUGAUGACCAAAUGAAGGAAGUUUUUCAACUGAUUGUAUCAUCGUUUAAAAAUUUAUCUGACAAGUCCAGCCGCUCAUUCAUUAAGAGAACCUCGAUUCUUGAAACUGUUGCCAAAGUCAGAUCAUGUGUGGUGAUGUUGGAUCUUGAAUGUGAUGCACUAAUCAUUGAGAUGUUCCAGCAUUUUCUUAAGGCAAUAAGGGAUUAUCAUGCGGAGGCUGUCUUUACAUCAAUGAUGACUAUUAUGACCCUUGUAUUGGAAGAAAGUGAAGACAUCUCUGCAGAGCUGCUCUCCCCGCUCUUAGCUAGUGUAAGGAGGGAUAAUGAGGAAGUUCUUCCGGUUGCUCGGAGGUUGGCAGAGAGAGUGCUUGAAAACUGUGCAUCAAAGCUGAAACCUUACCUAACACAAGCUGUAGAGAACUUGGGGAUUUCUUUUGACGAGUAUAGUAGUGUAGUUGCUUCCAUAUGCCAAGUGACAUCUGGCGCUGUGGAGAAGAAUGAUGCUGCUACUGACAAACGUGUGGAUGAUAAAGAGAUUCCUAAAGAAGCAGUUUCAAAUAAGCAAGUUGAUCUUGCAAAUGAAAAGUCUACCAAGUUAGUAGUAAGCAAUGGCAUUUUGCAAACUGCUGAGGAUGAUUUGCUGGCUGAUUCAAACUCUGUAAAGAAGCAAGAGGAUGGCCAUCUUUCUGAUACAUCCAAGAAUGCUGAUACAUUAACUGUUGCUGAACCUGAUAGAUUGGAAGCUGAGAAAGUGGUCAAUUCAGAUUGUAAGUCAGAGCAAAGUACUAUGGAAAAAGGGAGGAAAUCUGACUUGAAAUCAAGCGAACCUUCUGAUAGCUCUCAUGUCGAUGAGAAGGAUGCUGAGACCUUAACAGACCAUAAAAGUGACAGCAAGGAUGACAUUGGUUCACCUCGUGAGGAUCUGUCCGUUGACGGGGCUGUAUACUUGGAAAAUAAAAGAGAGACAGAUGUUCUGCCUUCCUCACCAAAAGCAACUGAGGAUGUUGCUUCCCCAACACGCAGUGGGACUGUAGCUGAUGAUAUUCAUUCCAAAAGGGCUGCACGGCCAAAAAGGAAAGAGAGCUUGAGCAGGGAGACCACAUCUUCUGUUGAUGAUGUCUCUAAGAAGGCAGGUGAAGGAACAAGUGACUCAGAAGCAAAAACAAAUCGACGAUCAGGGAAAAAGGUUGCUACUGUUGUUUCCAACAAGAAUAAUAUUCCAGCUGAUGUGGAUGAAACUAAGAAAGAAAGUGGCACUGCAAGUGAUUUAGAGGCAAAAUCACUGAAGCAGUCGACCAAGAAGGUGGAUUCAAGCAGUAAUAAUGUAGAUGGAUCCUCAUCAAGGCAACUGGAGAAUAAGAAAAGGCGAGCUCGGGGAAAAAUUGUUCCUGAGAAAGAUGGAACAAAAACCUCAACCAAGAAUGAUGAUGAGGAAAUGGUUGCUUCUCCAAAGUCAGUGAAGCCAAACAAACAUGAUUCUCACAUGGAGGAGAUCCCUAAGACAAAUUCCAAGAGAAAGCAAAUCCCAAAUAAAGAAAAAGCAUCUGAUUCUAUAGAAUAUGGUGAGAAUCUGGUUGGCUUGAAGGUGAAGGUCUGGUGGCCAAAAGACCGUGUGUUCUAUGAAGGUGUUAUUGAAUCGUUUGAUUCUGUUAAAAAGAAGCACAAGGUGUACUAUAAUGAUGGUGAUGAAGAAAUUUUAAGUCUUAAGAGAGAAAAGUGGGAGGUGAUUGAAGAUGAGUCUGGGUCAAAUGAGGAAGAAGCAGCUGAUCAUCCAAUUCCUGAUGGUUCAUCUGAAAUGCCUCAAAAGAAGAAAGCAAAAAAAGCUGAUCAGCCAAGCAAGAAAACUAAGAUGGAUGCUUCACCGAAAAGGGGUGGAGGAGCAUUGUCUGGAAAAUCGAAGGGUGCUGCCAUAAAGUCUGGUCACAAAACAAUGGAAGAUGGUAAAGUGGAUGGCAAAUCCAAAGAUGGCUCCGAGAGUGCCAGUAAAUCAGACAAUGACAAUGUUGCCAAAUCCAAGGAUCACACCUCCAAAAUUGGUAGUAAAUCAGUUGACGAUGCUUCAAAAGUAGGCAACAAAUCUAAGAAUGAGGACAGUGGUGACAUAGCUAAGUCUACCAAAUCCAAGGAUGAUGGCUGUGUUACGCCAAGAGCUUCCACAAAGUCAAAGCAAGACACGCCAAAGACAGCCAAGGCCAAGCCAGAAAACCCCAAGAUUUCGUCUAAUUCUAAGGGUCUUAAAAGUGGUGGGAAAUCUUAUACUGAUGGUACUGGGAAAUUAAAAUCUGGUUCAUCAAAGGCGAAAGAAAGUGAGAGUGUGAAAGAGAAGUCUGCCAAUUCAGCGAAGGUUGUGGAAGGUACAAAGCGGAAGUCAACAAGUUCAUCCAAGGCGCAGGGAAGUGAUUCCAAGUCUGGAAAGAAGCAGCGAAGAUGAGCCAAAGUUCACUUCAACUGCAUUGACAUUGCCAAGGGCUGUUUCUCCUGCAACGUGGAACUUGGCUAAAUCCUAGUGUUUGUUGCAGACAUCUUAGAUAAUCCUGGUGCUGCGUUCACAGCUAGACAUGCAUUUGGUAUUUUGAUGUAGUUCUUAGGUUUGUGGCUAGCAAAUAUUCACAGUUACUGUAGUUUAUAGUGUUUGUAGGGUUAAAGGUUUUUUCUUUUGUGGCUAGAUGGAAUUCCUAUUAUUUAAGGUGCAGCAGCAUUAGGAUACAUUGGGUUAGCCUUUUUUGCCUCUAAUUAAAGAGUUGCUUUCUAUAGAUAAUGUAAUCGAUCCCGAAACUUUGUGGAAGCAGUUGGUGGGUGGUGUAUCUUCUGUUCAAUGCCUUCAAUCCUACUGACUGCAUAAUUUAUCUUGCAUAUAUGAUUUACCGUGCAUGUUUGGUCUGUUGCAUAUCGCCUAAUGAAAAGGGUCGAAGGACUGGCCUACUUUAUAGACAUCUAGAUGUAAGGGAAUACGCUCGACAAGAUCUUGAUUUUUCAUCUUUGAUGGUAUGCGCUUGGGAGAUGAAUGGUGAGAUACGGAAUACAGGAACAACACGGCUCACAGUGAUAAUUGAAAACACGAGAUGAUGAUAUUAUGAAAAUGAUAAAAAAAUAAGAAA